GCUAGCUCGAUCAAGUAAUCAUCAUGAUUAAAGCAGUUUCUUUGAAAGAUACCAAAGUAUUUUCUCCAAUUAAGGUCGGUGAGAAUGAAAUUUCUCAUAAGAUUGUCAUGGCUCCAAGUGCUAGAACUAGAGCUGCUCUAAAUGAAGAGCCUAGUGAUUUGCAAUUGAAACAUUACAACGAUAGAACCCAGUUCCCUGGCUCGUUGGUUAUUGCCGAAGGUACUGUUCUCUCUCCUAAAACCGGUGGGGUUUGGGGUGCUCCAGGAAUCUAUAACCAUUCCCAAGUGCAAGGGUGGAAAAAAAUCACUCAAACAAUUCAUGAUAAUAACUCGUUUAUCUCUUUACAGUUAUGGGCUUGUGGGCGAGUCACUGAUCCCAAGUUUGCUCAAUAUCAUCAACUACCAGUGGUUGCUCCUUCUGUUGUUUACACCGGGAAAGAACACCAACAAUCGUUUGAGGAACUAGGAAUCGAAUUGAAAAGCUUAUCAACAAGCGAAGUCGAAGCCUUGAUUAAAAACGAAUACACCCAAGGAGCCAAGAAUGCCAUGGCUGCUGGUUUCGACUAUAUCGAAAUCCAUGCUGCUCACGGUUAUUUGAUUGAAAGUUUCUUACAUCCUUCCACCAAUAAAAGAACUGAUAAAUACGGUGGCUCGAUUGAAAAUAGGGCUAGAUUCUUACUUGAAGUGGUUGAUCAUUUGGUUGGCCUUGUUGGUGCUUCCAAGGUAGCAAUUAGAUUAUCUCCGUGGUCAAGCUAUAACUCAAUGAUUACCGUUAAAGAAGAAGUUCAUCCUUAUACCACAUUUAGUUACGUGGUUAAUGAAUUACAAAGACGUGCUGAUAACGGAAAUCAACUUGCUUAUAUCUCUCUUGUUGAACCAAGAGUCUCCGGUGCGGAAAACUUGGAAAAGAGAGAUCAAGUUGGUGAUAAUGAGUUCAUCAGAAAAAUUUGGAAAGGUACCUUGAUUCGUGCUGGGAAUUAUACUUAUGAUGCUCCAGACUUCAAACAAUUGUUGAGCGAUGUCGAUGAUGACCGUACUUUGGUUGCCUUCGCUAGGUUUUUCACUUCAAACCCGGACUUGCCCCAAAGAUUGUACCAAGGUAGUGAGUUGGCUCCUUAUGACAGAAGCACUUUCUACACUAAAUCAGCUAAGGGUUAUAACACUUUCCCUGCUUUAAAUGAAAAAUCAACCUUGAAUGACGAACAAGCUGAUGCCUUGCUUGGUAAGCCUAUUGCUCAACAAGCUUGAGAAAACAAGUCUAUUCUUCGUGAUUUUUAAAGUAUUAGAAUAAUUUAUUGUAGACUGCUAGGUAUCAAUAAACGUU